AUGACAGAGAGGGAGCUCCACGCGGAUGUCCGAAAGUUCUAUCAAGAUACUUCUCAAACUCUAACCGGCCUGCGACCUUAUCCCACCGAGCGAGAAGUCCAAGAUGCAGCCGCGGCGUGGCAGCAAAAGGACAACAUCGAGAAUGCCAUCCGCGAAGCGGUUCGAAAGGGCAGCCCAGAUAGCGGCGGCACUACAGACACCGUCAUACCCCUCAAUGCCGCCGAGAAACGCGCUCUGAUCAACGAGAUUGACCAUUCGUUCUCUGAGAACGGGAUGUGGAUGGUCAUCUUCACUGUCAGCCUGAGUGCUUUUCUCCAAGGCUUUGUACAGAGUAGUCAGAACGGUGCAAAUCUGUUUGCUGAUCAGUGGCUUAAGUCUGGGCAGCACCCUGUCAACUCCCAGUUCGCUUAUGCCAACGCAGCUGUUUACUUCAGCGCUGCUGUUAUAGGAUGUCCCCUUGCUGCACCGAUGAGUUCACUGUUUGGUCGCCGUGGCGUCAUCAUUGUUGCCUCGUUUCUCAUUUUUGCGGCAUCCGUUGGCUCGGCUUGCAUUACACUCAAUGACGAUGCGUGGCUCGUUCUUGGGAGCAUCAGAUUGAUCGGCGGUGUCGGCAUGGGCUUGAAGGCUACUAGCACCCCCAUCCUCGCAGCGGAAACGGCAGUUGGCUCGUGGAGAGGCUCUUCAGUUCUGUUAUGGCAGCUAUGGGUCUCUUUUGGCAUCAUGAUGUCUUUUAUUGUCAAUAUUUGUUUGAACCAGAUUGACGACAAGAAUCUAAAGCUCCGCUUGAUUCUGGCCUCUCCAGCAGUGUUUGCGCUUAUGCUCAUGUAUACUGUGGCCAAAUGCCCCGAGUCAUUCCGCUACUACUUGAUGCCAGGGUCGAGAAAGUAUAGCCCUGAAAAGGCAUAUGCCUCGUUGCUGCGAUUGCGCAACACUAAGCUACAAGCAGUCAGAGACUUGUACUUGACAUACAAGGGAAUAGAUAGCGAGUUCGAAAACGAAGGAUGCGAUAGUACCAAGGCCGCCCCAAAACCUCGAACGCCAGUAGUUGGGGCUUUAAGUCACUACGUGCGACAGUACUGGAAAAUCCUGAAAGUCGAUCGGCUUCGGAAUGCAGCUAUUACAACAGGGAUUGUGGCUUUGUCGCAGCAAUUUUCUGGAAUUAACAUCAUGGCGUUCUACGGUGGGACAACACUUGCAGGUAUUAGUCCAGGCAAUCAGCCAACAGAAGAUGAAAUCUCCAAGGCUAUGCUGUAUAACUUGAUCUUUGGUCUGUUGAACUUCUUAUUCUGCUUACCCGCUAUCCACUCCAUAGACGUUCUGGGAAGAAGGAAGGUUCUACUCUUCACAAUCCCAGGUAUGGCCUUAACCUUGAUGGCAGCGGCUAUAAGCUUCAAUACGGCAAAUGAGGAUGUGAGAAACGGACUGGUAGCCUUCUGGAUUUACUUUCACACAGUAUUUUAUAGCCCAGGAAUGGGGCCAGUGCCGUUCGUGUUAGCUGCGGAAAGCUUUCCUUUGGCCUUUCGUGACACUGGCGCGUCGCUUGCAAUAUCCAUCAACCUUCUAUUCGCUGGCCUCCUGGCAUGGCUGCAACCCCUACUGGUCGCUGGCAUUAGGUUUGGGGGAACGCUUGGGGUGUUUGCUGGCUUGAACGUCGUUGCCUUUGUUCUCAUCUUUCUCCUGAUGGAGGAAACGAGCGGCGUGCCUCUUGAAUCUCUGGGAUAUGUAUUCAACCAGCCGAAGAAGGGUCUAAUCCACUUCCAACUGUUUGAGGUUUUACCAUGGUUCGGUCGGUUCAUUCUUGGUAGGAGUAGUCUUGCCGAAAGACCAGAACGUACUGUCGACCUGAGUCCCAGCUCGGUGCCAGAUGCUUCGGUCACUGAUGAUGAUGAGGAGCGCAUUUGGAACAGCGAUAAUGUUUUAAAUGGAGUGAGGCUCGCCGAUAUGUCAGGGGGAAACGGAAGAGGCUGA